GCGUGGGGCCGGCCGGGUAAAUAUAGACGCUGAGAGCGGCUCGGCGUCUUAAAAAGGACCAGCUGGGUGUCGACAAAACUUGGGGAAAAGCAAGGCACGCAUCGCGAGUUUUCGUUGAUACUAAGGCGCGCGGAGAGCAGCCAGCAUGUCCAAGAACGCGCCAGCGAUUGGCAUUGACCUCGGCACCACGUACUCCUGCGUGGGCGUUUUCCAACAUGGGCGAGUCGAAAUCAUAGCCAAUGACCAAGGAAACCGCACGACGCCUAGCUACGUAGCCUUUACGGACACCGAGCGGCUGAUCGGGGACCCUGCCAAGGCGCAAGUAGCCCUCAAUCCCGAGAACACUGUGUUCGAUGCCAAGCGGCUCAUCGGCAGGAAGUACGAUGACCCGAAAAUUCAACAGGACAUCAAUCAUUGGCCCUUCAAGAUCGUCAAUCAGGGAGGCAAGCCCAACAUAUGCGUGGAGUUUAAAGGCGAGAAGAAGGUUUUCAAUGCUGAAGAAAUCAGUGCCAUGGUGUUGACCAAGAUGAAGGAAACCGCGGAAGCCUACCUUGGGUGUCCGGUGAAAGACGCCGUCGUCACUGUUCCGGCUUACUUCAACGACUCGCAGAGACAAGCCACGAAGGACGCCGGCGCUAUUGCCGGCUUGAACGUCUUGAGGAUUAUCAAUGAACCCACUGCGGCUGCCCUUGCAUAUGGACUGGACAAAAACCUGAAAGGUGAGAAGAACAUCCUCAUUUUCGAUCUCGGGGGAGGAACUUUUGACGUGUCUAUUUUGACAAUCGACGAAGGAUCCAUGUUCGAAGUACGAUCAACAGCGGGUGACACUCACCUCGGAGGUGAGGACUUUGACAACCGACUUGUCAAUUACUUUGUCGAGGAGUUUAAGCGGAAGCACAAGCGUGACCUCAAGACAAAUGCGCGCGCCAUUCGGCGACUGAGGACGGCGUGCGAACGCGCCAAGCGGACCUUGUCAAGUAGCAGUGAAGCAAGCAUUGAGAUCGACGCGUUGUUUGAAGGGAUUGAUUUUUACAGCAAAAUAACGAGAGCCAGGUUUGAGGAAAUGUGCAUGGAUCUUUUCCGAAGCACUCUGGAGCCUGUAGAGAAAGCGCUGCAAGACUCCAAACUCAGCAAGUCUCAGAUACACGAGAUUGUGCUAGUCGGUGGCUCCACACGAAUUCCUCGAAUCCAAAAGCUUCUCAAAGAUUUCUUCAAUGGAAAGGACCUCGCCAUGUCGAUCAAUCCUGACGAAGCCGUGGCUUACGGAGCUGCCAUACAAGCCGCUAUACUGACUGGAGACACGAGCGAUAUUAUCAAGGACGUUCUGCUCGUGGAUGUAGCGCCGCUUUCACUGGGCAUUGAAACUGCUGGAGGAGUUAUGGCUAAGAUAGUGGAGCGCAACAGCCGUAUUCCCUGCAAGACGUCCAAAACUUUCACGACCUACGCUGACAACCAGACAGGAGUCACCAUUCAAGUUUUUGAAGGAGAAAGAGCCAUGACUAAGGACAACCAUCUCCUGGGCACAUUUGAUCUCAUGGGCAUCCCUCCUGCUCCACGGGGCGUUCCCCAAAUCCAGGUGACCUUUGACUUGGACGCCAACGGAAUUCUCCAGGUGUCGGCUAAAGACGAGAGCACGGGCCGCUCCGAGAGCAUUCGAAUCACCAACGACAAAGGCCGACUCUCCAAGGACGAGAUUGACCGCAUGCUCGCCGACGCCGAGAAGUACCGGCAGGAAGACGAAAAGCAGCGAGAAAGGGUGGCCGCACGCAAUAACCUCGAAUCGUACGUGUACAACGUCAAGCAGUCGGUGGAAAUGGUGGGCCCAGAGAAGCUGGACGCGGCCGACAAGCAAAAGGUUCUGAGCAAGUGCGAGGAGGUCAUCAACUGGAUCGACAGGAACACUCUGGCCGAGAAGGACGAGUACGACGACAAGAUGAAGGAUAUGCAGCAGGUGUGCACGCCUAUCAUGACCAAGUUGCAUCAGGGAGGUGGCCAGGCACCUCCUAACCAGGGAGGCGCUGCUGGCCCCAAGAUCGACGAGGUGGACUGAAUGGCGGUGGUUGUGCUCAUUUCGCGUCACCGUCCAUUCUUCUUUUACCAUCUGGAUUGUUCUCUGCCCAGGAGUGGAGAACGACAGCAGCGUAACUCACGAACGAAUCGUCUCUUGUGGAGUGCUCUCUGUCCAUGAUAUCAGUGUUGCACGAUGUUGGCCUUGCUUUCGGGAAGUCAGACGAACCACUGCGCACGUGGCGAUCAUUAAACGCUUAUUUAUCGCGAGUAUGUUCAAGCACGCAUUCACGAAUGUCUGAAGGAUGAGGUUAAACCACUGAAACAAUGCAAACAUUGCGCUGGAUGAAGCCGCCAAAAUUUUGCCUAAAAGCUAUGAACUUUUGGUAAAAGUGUGCUUCCGGACAAAGUCGCCUUUUGUGUGCUUUUUAUAUUAAAACUAGAAAAUCGUUCUUACAGAAAAUCUGUUUCGGUGCACGUUACCCAAGGUGCAGAUUACUUAGCGCGGCAUUUCAGCUGCAACUGCUUUGUCUCUCUGCCGACGGUCAGACAUUAAUUAUGAAAAACAAAGAGGCGUUAGGACAUGCUUUACUGCACCACUUACCCAUUAGUGUAUUCGCUUGCGAUGUGGUGAAGCGCUAAGGAGUCCUCUAUUUAUCUCCAUCAAAGCUUUAUUUUGCAGCAGUUCUUCUAGCGUCGGUCACUUUAAUUACCCUCUCUUGCUGCUUCUGGGCUAGUGACAUAAUUGAACACUUGGCAGCCAAGUAGCCAGCUCUCCAACAGGGCUCGCAAACCGAGCCCUGUUGUGCGAUGAUUUCUGAAAGGGAGUUGGAAAACUGUGCACGUACAUGACAUCGUUUUAAAUAUUAAUAAAAUGAUUGUUGAGCGUUCUUUUCACAAGCUUUCUACCGAAGCUGUUUCUCAGAAUAUCACCAUUACAUACUACGUACAAAGAUAAAUUCGAACACGAACUCGAAAUGGGCUAAGCUGCGUUGUUGCAUUAAUAUGUUUUCGUUUGAGUUUCUAAUAUUGGCUUAGUUCAAGCCAAUAUUAGAAAUAUUAGACUCGUUUUUUCACCUUGAAACUUGCUGGUGGGUGAAUGUGUUGUAGUUAGAUUUGUCACAGUCGUCCGUGUUUUCGUUUAUGCUGAUGUUAUCUCUGACCAUGUUGCUUACG